AUGUUGCAGUUCUUUGGAUGGUUUUAUCAUGCCAAUCCGUCGCAACGUCAUAGUGUGGAGGACGUUGUGACCAUCGGAACUCCAUGUCUGAAUCGUUCGUUUGUGUGCACCAAGGACGUUGGUGCAGUCCUCCUCCUCCUGCAAGGUGCUGCCCUUGUCAAGUUGACCGAACAAGCCCAGCACCGCCUUCAUGACUACUGUGUCAAACACAUCAGGAACUGGGUGCUGUAUCUGCACGAGCGUAGCAAGCGAUGGGAGGAUAAGUAUGCGCAGGAGUAUGUGCAGGAUCUGCUCAUCAUAACCGGCUCUGUCUUGUCUUCAACCUGGGCACUAGGAGUCUAUAUGAAGAAAUAUCCACUGGACCCCGACCGUCCCUGGAUAUAUUUCCCUUUUUGCUGCCACAAGGAUUGUCUUAAUCCACUAGUUGUGAAACAUGCACGUCCAAAUGGCCCAGAGUAUUAUGGGCCAUAUGCACGCGACGUCAGUAUGCUCCUCUUGGAGAUCCAUUUCAAAUUACGCCGGAGUGUGCGUGACAUACACAUACCUCGCAUUGAAGGCCUCAAUGCUCCACAGCACCUCGACAUCGACACAGGAGGGUGGGAAAGCAAUUGUCACGAUGCUGUCGAAGAGAUUCUCAAUUAUAUUCUCAAAUAUUUGUCUGCUAAAGUCGCUGUUACUGGGACUCGGGAUUUGCGCGCUUUGCUAUCCUGUAUGCCGACACCCCCGUCACCUGAGAGUUUCACAAAGAGUCUGAAGAGGCUACGCUCCAAGAUUAUAGUUGACGAUGAAAAGGUUACAGUUGGGUCAGUGGACAUCGAGAGUUCGAAUGAUACUGUCGGAAAAUGA